AUGGAUCAGAGUCGAGCCAACAACAUUACCGCCUGUUCUUCACGGGAAGGAUCUGGAGGACGACUGUCUCAGGCGACGACUCCAUCAACCCCACUACAGCAGUUUGACGCUGCUCAUCGCCAGGGAUUAAUGAUGGACCGAUGGAUGAAAGAAACCCCAAAGAAUGAACCAUAUCACGGUCUGGUGGUGACCGAAGUCGACAACGCAGCUUCACGCCCAUGA